GUAGAAGCCAUUGCCGACUGUCGUUGGUGGUGGUGUCUGUGUUGGAAUAGUGGGCCACGGAUUCCAAAAGGACAAGUGGGGGAGGGGACUGGCCUAGAUUGAGUGCUUGCUGUGAGCAGCAUCGUUGACGCUGGAGUCAAAAGCGAAACCACCACCACCAACGGAAACAAACAGCUCUCUCCAGUUAUGUGUGCUCUGUUCCUGCCAAACUAUCGGUCACGACGACAACCCAAAUCAAGAGACUUGUGGAAUGCGAAACAACCUGACGAUCUUCCCUCUGUGUGAAAGGUUUUGCAAGGGAAACGGGAGUCGGUGUGGUUGUUUGCAAUCUGAGUGCCGGAUUGACCGAUCGAUCCUACCACCACAAAAGAGAGGAAGGGUGAAAGAGGGGGAGAGAGGGGAAGUGAAUGAUUCUGACUUCUGAGCAAAGAGACUGGAAGGCAAUCAUUCUCUCGUUUUUUUGGUCAAGGAGGAAUCUGAGAAUUUUCACCUUGUACCAUGCAGAAAUAACAUACCACCAGUCGGAGCCGUCCUCCUCGGGCCUCCGCCUGCCUACUCAGCUUUUACCAGCCCAAAAUAUAUACCGAUUUUCUCCUCCACCUUCUUUUUCUUCGUCUUUUUCCGUUUUCUCCCAAAGACUUGUCUUCUUGCUCCAUUCAACAGAAGUUUCCUGCUCUCCUUCCCUUUAAAUUGGAAACCCUUGUUCUUUGUUUCAGAAGGGCUUCCUCACUGGUAGAAAUUCCAGUUUUUCAGCUGCCGGAACAUCGAUUCGGUUCUCUUCCAAAACGACAUAAAAUUCUGGUUCAUCCAUCAAAGCCGAUUGCUCACUGGCAUUUUCAGCUGCACUCAACGGCUAUGUGGGUUUGCUGCUUUGGUUCCUCACAGGAGAAGGAAAAGAACAGAAGUGCUGCUGCGGAGCAUGCAGAUGAGCUUUCCAAAGCUGCAUUUUCGACCCAGUUAUAUUCCGAAAAUGAAAUGAAGCGGGCAACAAAUAAUUUUCAGCAAUGUAACAAAAUAGGCGGUGGUGGUUUUGGUGUGGUUUACAAGGGCAUCCUAAAAGACAAGAUGGAAGUUGCAAUCAAGAAGCUCUCCACAGAAUCAAUGCAAGGAGACAAUGAGUUUUUGACAGAGAUUCAAACCAUAUCAAACAUUAGGCACCCAAAUCUUGUCCAACUGAUUGGAUGCUGUGUACAGGGAAGCAGUAGGAUGCUAGUUUAUGAAUAUUUGGAGAACAACAGCCUUUCAAAUGCUUUAUUGGCCCCAAGAAACAAGAAGAUUGCACUUGGGUGGUCUAAGAGAGCUGCAAUCUGCAUCGGCACUGCUCGUGGACUUGCAUUUCUCCAUGAGGAACUGGAACCACAUAUUGUCCACCGUGAUAUCAAAGCCAGCAACAUUCUUCUUGAUAAAGAUCACCUUCCAAAGAUUGGAGACUUUGGACUUGCAAAACUUUUCCCAGACAAUGUUUCUCACAUCAGUACACGUGUUGCAGGAACAAUUGGCUAUUUGGCACCGGAGUAUGCAUUAUUAGGACAGUUAACAAAAAAAGCAGACGUUUACAGCUUUGGGGUUCUCCUCCUUGAAAUAAUCAGUGGCCGAAAUGUUUCAAAGCCAGAUUGGGCAGAAGCUGAUUUGUCUCUUUUGGAAUUGGCGUGGAAAUUGCAGCAGGAAAACAGAGUGCUUGAGAUUGUAGACGAAGAAUUGGAAGAAUAUCCUGAAGCAGAAGUGUUGCGUUUUAUCAAGGUAGCGCUCUUCUGUACUCAAGCAACAGCGAGCAACAGGCCAUCUAUGACGCAGGUGGUAGAAAUGCUUUCAAAACGAAAACAUCUAAAUGAGGAUUUGCUAACUGAGCCAGGCAUACUAAGGAAACCUGACCAUCUUUUUGGGGCCAAGGGAGGUUCCUCCCUCAGCACUCUGGUUUCUCAAGACAAUGCAUCCAUGCAAAUGGGUAGUGCAAUUUCAAUGUCACAACUGUACCCCCGUUGAUAUAUAACUUAUAAGCAUAGAUAUUUGUAAAGUCAUGAAGGCCUCUCUCAAGAUAGCGACGUGCUGCGGAUGAUUUUUUUGGGUUCUUCGAUUAUUUUUAACUAUGAGGAAGCCGGUCAACAUCACCAGCCACUAAGAAACUGUAACAGAAACCACUCAGUAUUCAUGCACUGGCAGGUAGGAAGGUGCGAGAACUUCACCGUCUGUCUAGGGGGAGGGAUCCGGUCGGUCCAUCUAGGUCAGCGUUGCUGCCUCCCACACGCUGGGAAUCUUCAUCAGGCUGCUGCAGAUUUUUGUUUUUUUCCUUCUCCUAGUGACCGAUAUGGGGAGAAUGGGUGCUGUUUUGUACGUCGAAAUGAACUGUGAGAUCGGGUCAGCUAUGACGGAUAUUAUCAGAUCUCUUAAGCUUCUGAAAUAAGGAAAUUGAUAUAAUUCUUUCA